AUGUAUUACAGGGGCGCACAUGCUGCGGUUGUGGUUUACGAUGUGACGUCAAAAAAGAGGGUUGUUGCUCUUGUUGGAAACAAGGCAGACUUGCUUUCCUCAAUCGAAGAGUUGGGGCAAUCAACAUCCAGAAGCUCUAUUGUCUCAAAAGAAGAGGCAGAGCAAUUUGCAGCGGAUAAUGGGCUGAUUUUCUAUGAGGCAUCUGCAAAAAAUGGAUCAAAUGUCCAAGAGCUAUUUGAAUCAAUUGCAAUUGUAAUGGUCACUGCCUUUCAGUUGACGGGUUACGACAUUUUCGCAAAACUUUCCAACGAGGCUGUGGCAGGAUUUACGGCGGGGGCAUGUGCUUCCAUGGUCCUCCACCCCUUUGACUAUGUCAAGGUCAAACUUCAAGGUAAUCACGUUUUGUGUCGUUAUGUCUAG